AUGGACGAAAUUCAAGUCGAAAAGAAGCAAAUCCAGCUAGCCGGGGCGAACACCCCGGACUAUGAUGUUGCUAAAUUGACUACUAUUGAUGAUUACGAGGUUGAUGAUUUCUACGGAUCCUCCACCACCAAGGCAUACCGCCUGAAGUCCGAGUUAGUUGGAAAAUGUAUGGAGGAAAUUGGGAUGGGCGGGUUUCAAUGGAGACUUUUCGUGGUCACCGGUUUUGGAUGGAUGGUCGAUAAUUUUGCAUCCCAAGGCAUCGGAAGUGUCCAGCCUCCUAUUAAGCAAGAAUUCUCCGGUAUCAUCCAAGUGAGCUACAGCUCGGUUGCGUAUUAUGUUGGACUGAUUCUUGGUGCUUCGUUUUGGGGUUUGUCGAGUGAUCUGAUUGGACGCAAGCCAGCAUUCAACUCUACGCUACUCAUCGCUGGUGUCUUCCUGUGUGCUGCUGCUGGGUCGAUGAAUUUCCUCGCCUUUAGCGCACUUUGGGCUGUUAUUGGAACCGCUGCUGGUGGAAACGUGCCUGUUGAUUCCAUGAUAUUCUUAGAAUUUGUCCCAGGAAGUCAUCAGUAUCUCCUCACUGCUCUCUCGGCAUGGUGGAAUUUGAGCCAGCUGGUUGUGUCUUUGAUAUCUUGGGUAUUCUUAGCCAACUUCAGUUGUCCAACCAAUGCUACUCCAGAGACAUGCUCUAGAAGACAGAAUAUGGGAUGGAGAUACACACUCAUCACUCUUGGUGGUCUCUCCCUCGCAUUUACCUUCAUUCGCAUUGUUAUUUUCAAACUUCCCGAGACCCCCAGAUAUCUCCUCUCCAAGGGAAGAGACCAGGACGCUGUAAAUGCCGUCAAUUAUGUUGCCAAACAAAAUGGCAAGCCGGAGCCCCUGACGCUUGAGAUGCUUCAAGAAAUAGAUGCUAGGUUCGGAAAUGGUACCAACAAAGAGGGGGAGUCGAAUAAAAUGUCAACGAAGGAAAUCGUGAAAGAGAAUAUGCAGGCUUUUCGAGGCGAGCACUACCGUGCACUGUUCGCUACCCGAAGGCUUGGAAGACAGACACUCAUCAUCUGGGCCAUAUGGUUAACAGUCGGAAUUGCAUACCCGCUCUUUUUCGCUUUCUUGCCGUCCUACCUGGCAACUAAAUUUACAGAGACAUCUUCUCUCUCCCUGACAUAUCGAAACUACUGUAUCACCUCAGCUGUCGGAAUAGUCGGACCACUAUCUGCCGCAGUAUCUGUAAACACGCGCAUGGGCAGAAGAUGGAUGAUGGCAAUUUCAGCCGCUGUCACAGGCAUAUUCCUGUUCGCAUAUGUUGGCGUCAACAGUCCAUCCGCCGACUUGGCAUUUUCUUGCAUUACCAGUCUUCUAGGCAACUUCGAAUACGCUAUCAUGUACGCGUUCACUCCGGAAUCCUUUCCAGCUCCUCAUCGUGGCACAGGUUCUGGAACAGCAGCCGCGCUCCUUCGAUUGGGAGGGCUCGUUGCUAGUCUUAUCUCAUCCCAGACUGGUUUUACGACAGCGCCAAUCUAUGCUAGUGCGGCAUUGUGGAUUGUUGUCGGUAUCUUGUGUCUGGGAUUGCCUUUCGAGACACAUGGACAUGAUGCGCUAUAA